GCAUGUGAGCCUCGAGGCGGGCUCCGGGUGCAGACUUGCCAUGGCCUCCGAAGCUUCUGUGCGUCUGGGGACGCCCCCUGACCGUCUGUGGAUCCAGAAGCCUGGCAUCUACGAAGACGAGGAGGGGAGGACCUGGGUGACUGUGGUCGUGCGGUUCAAUCCCUCGCACAGGGAAUGGGCCAGGGCCUCAAACACCCAGGGCAGCGCCUCCCAGGGCAGCACAUAUGAACCCAGCAUCACGGUGCACUUGUGGCAGAUGGCAGUGCGUACCCGGGAGCCACUCUCCUCUGGCCAGAUGCCCUUCUCCCAGCUGCCCGCCGUGUGGCAGCUCUACCCCGGGAGGAAGUACCGAGCAGCGGAUUCCAGUUUCUGGGAAAUAGUGGACCAUGGCCAGAUCGACUCCAUGGAGCAGCUGGUCCUCACAUAUCAGCCGGAGAGGAAAGACUGACAGUGGAGUGGCUGGCCCCGCGGGCCCUGCCUCUCUGGCCUGGUGUCUCCUCGUGCCCCCUCAGGAUCUUCAUGUACCUGCUCUUCUGUUUGCACACCCAGCAUAGCUUCCUUGAGGGCAGGAGGCAGUGGGGCCCCUGAACACUCAGCUUCUCUCAUUUCCUCAGUUAUGCGUCCUGUCCUGUCCUACUCGGAUCUGCACUUCGGGCAACUGGCCUGGAUGGACUUCACUAGGGGCCCUGUCUGUGCGCUGAGCCAGUUUCCCCUGCUGGCUGCAAGCUGUGGGUUCUCUUUCUCCUCUGUGCCCCUCAUGCUGAUCUUCUAGAUGCCACUCCCAAAUUCCCUUCAUACCCACUGGGAUGUGUGCCCAGCCAGGCCUCCGGCACCCCCAGUGCAGCUCGUGAUUGGAAACUCACCAUCAGCAGGCAGUGGCUCGGUUUAAGAGAUGGCCGCAGAGGGAGCCCAGUCUGGAUGUGGACUCGGAUGCCCUGUGGGUAUCAGUUCUGCUGACACUUUGGCCCGAAAUAGAUCCAGUGCUGAGCCAGUAGUGUACCCAGAGCCUCAGUGAGCCCAUCUGCACAGUGGGGAGCGUGGAAGGAUGGGUUUGGCCUGUGCUUCUGCUUGUUCAGUUUUUCAGCUCACGAAGGGAUGCCAGUCCAUGAAGGUGGCCUUGCAGUACUGGUUAAUUAAACUUUAUUGCGCACUGUC